AUGGGGUCUAGAAGGGAUAAUGAUGGACGGUUGAAUAUGGAUGCAGUAAGAGACGAGAGAGAAGAUGUUUCAACACAAUAUACUGCUGAAUGGCUCAGCAAUGUUCAAAUGCCCCCAAAGGCCCACUCUGUUGUUCAAGAUAUUGAUGAACCCCAUUCGCCUAGAGUUUCUAGGUCUGCCCCUGCAUUAAGUGUCAAGUCAAGGCAAAGUAAUGCAGGCAUCAGUAGAAGCAAGUUGCAGUUGCAGUUAAGGCAACUGAAAGAAAAACAACAAUUAGAUAGGGAAGCUCGGCAUUUAGAACUAGAAAUGCAAAGACAAGAAUUAGAACUAGAAAGGAAACGACGAUUCGCUGAGAUUGCAGAAAGGAAGGAAUUGCAAGAAAUGGAAGCUAAGUUAGCACAUGCUGAGCUCUUGGAACAAUUCGAAGUCGAUAGUGAUGAUCAGAUCUCCGAUGAUGGUAACAGAGAACUGAAUAUGAUGAGUCAUGACCAUGAGGGAAAUGGACCUUAUGAUGAUGCGGAACAACGUGAUGCGGAACGUCGAGAUACGGAGCGUCGAGAUACGGAGCGUCGAGAUGCGGAACGUCAAGAUGCGGAACAACGUGAAACGGAACGUCGAGAUGCGGAACGUCGAGAUACGGAGCGUCGAGAUACGGAGCGUCGAGAUGCGGAACGUCAAGAUGCGGAACAACGUGAAACGGAGCGUCGAGAUGCGGAACGUCAAGAUGCGGAACAACGUGAAACGGAACGUCGAGAUGCGGAACGAGAACGUCGAGAUGCGGAACGUCGAGAUGCGGAACGUCGAGAUACGGAGCGUCGAGAUGCGGAACGUCGAGAUGCGGAACGUCGAGAUACGGAGCGUCGAGAUGCGGAACGUCAAGAUGCGGAACAACGUGAAACGGAACGUCGAGAUGCGGAACGUCGAGAUGCGGAGAUGAAACGGAACGUCGAGAUGCGGAACGUCGAGAUGCGGAACGUCGAGAUGCGGAAAGACGAGAAGCGGAGCGACGGGAGACCGAAAGUAGAGAAUUAUAUCGAAGAGACGAACUCUUUAGUCAUGCAAGAUAUAAUGCUGAACAGUUUCGAAUGCCAUAUGGAACAUACAAUAACACGUUUAUGA